AUGCCUCCACAACCUUCGAAUUCAUCAACGGGGCUGAACUACUGGUAUGGCAGCAACAGCCUACCGGAUGCGUUGGACGGUGCACCACAGGAAGUCCCAGAGACUCGUCUGAUGCGUCGUGCCUCAGAAACUGUCGUACAAGCGACCGGGACCCAGAGGGAGUGCCAGGCAUACCGACAACUGGCAUCCGAUCAUGGCGACCACCUGCAUCCCUUUGAGCACUUGUUGGACAAUUAUACCGCCGUCAAACCGCCGCCAACCCGCCGUUUUCCAUUGCACCGUCGCCAGCGCAGACCUUUCCACGAUUCUUCCGAAUGGGACGGCGGCCCAGGGCCUCUUCAUCUCGACACCGCCCAGGGGAAUCUUGUGAUUCGUCCGCAGGCACCCUCUGCAGCCGGAAAUCACAAGGCCCCGCUGGCUCCUAAGCAGGGUCUGGGGGGCGCCCUUGUAAACGCGCGGGGACAGCAUCAGUCUCCCAUUGCUGGCACCUAUGCCCUUCGUACGCCUCGUGGCAAGAUAACAUCGAUUGCUUGUGAGAGCUGUCGAAAACGCAAGUCCAAGUGCGAUGGUGUAAGGCCGAAAUGCAAUACAUGCCAGUCCAAAAACCUCGUGUGCGUGUACGAUGUCGCCGAGGACGGUAAGACAACGACGCAGUUACGUGCCCAUGUUCGACGCCUGGUCAAGGAGGCGGAUGAUCUGAAGUCUGUUUUGCUGUCUCUUGCCAUGGCCCCCAAUCGUGCUUCGGCUGCGCUUUGGGCGUCAGAGUUGGAGAAAAACGGGUUCAUCAAUCAUUCGGCGGAUGAGGUGCGAAAGGCACUUGCAGUAAGCUCCCAAUCAGCUCCUUCUCAAGGCGCUUACUCAUACCUACACCAGGAUCCAGCGGGUCCCACACCAGGACUUCCAGAUGGCGACUCUUUUGGCACUCCGACCAGCGAACAUUUCAAUGGGCCCACACAGAACAUCGCCGCCUCGUCAUACGAAGGAUCUUCCCGGGAAGACAGGCAAGCCCAACCCAGUCGGAGUACUGGACAGUCUGCUAACAAUCUUCGAAGUCGGGAACAGAGUCAGGCUGCUAUAAAUUACUGCCCUGAGCCUACAGCUGACGGAGUUGGGCCCAUGGUUCCCCCAACCAUGAGCAUCGAAGCUGCGUCUAGUGCGUCCAGUACGUUGCAAAAGUUCGGAUACGACUGUGCGUAUUAUCGGAGAAUCAAAAGGGAACUCCUGCAAAAUGGCUUCAGUGAAGUUCAAAUCUUUGGUAGAACUGAGAUUGAUGUCGACACGUUGCUCUUGUGCUUUCUGGACCCCCAGGAUGAUCAGCCAGUGUCAACAUGGUGUUCGCGAACAGUGAACAAACUCCUUCCAACGUCGCCUCUUCCAGUGAGAUUGGCUUCUACCUGGGCUCUGACGAAAUUGAUGCGGUAUCUUAUAUGGCCGACGGUAGAGAAUAUGAGGGCGAGCCCAGAUUGGCUGAUGCCACCAUUGGGCGAGCAGCAAACGUCUCCAUACGAUCUGCUCAUCGAUCUCAUCCCGUGGCCUCAGGUACGCCAACUACUAUACGCGCAUCCCCAUGAAUAUCCAAUUGAAAGUAUGAUCGGACUUGUCGGGGUCACGUGGCCGUAUGCCGAUGAUGCAUGCCACUACUGGGAUAUCGAAUCGGGUCAAUCUCGCAUGACACCGUUGUUUGAAAGUACUAUCGCCGACCUGAACAAUUGGACGAUCGACCCGAAAAUUCUUGAGACAAUACCUCAAUUAGAGGGCCACAUUCCAGUCAAGCCGGUAGCGUGA